AUGCAUCAGAAGCUCGCCACCAUCGCCGCCCUUGUGGCGGCAGCCCGCGCACAGCAGGCUUGCACGCUCACGACCGAGACUCACCCUGCCAUGACAUGGUCGAACUGUGCCGCUGGAGGCACCUGCACAAGCGUUGCCGGUUCCGUCACUAUCGACGCCAACUGGCGAUGGACUCACGCUGUCCAAAACAGCACAAACUGUUACGACGGCAACACGUGGGACGCAACAUUGUGCCCUGAUGGAGCGACUUGCGCCACUAACUGCUGUCUCGAUGGUGCUGACUACGGCUCUACAUACGGUGCUAGCACCUCCGGCAACGCUCUGUCCCUGAAGUUCGUCACCGAGGGCUCAUACAGCACCAACAUUGGUAGCCGAUUCUUCCUGAUGAAGGAUGAGACCACCUACGAGACGUUCAAGCUGCUCGGCAACGAGUUCACCUUCGAUGUCGAUGUCUCCAACCUGCCUUGCGGCCUGAAUGGAGCUCUGUACUUCGUCUCCAUGGACGCUGACGGCGGCUUGAGCGAGUUCCCCACCAACAAGGCUGGCGCCAAGUACGGCACCGGUUACUGCGACUCGCAGUGCCCGCGUGACGUCAAGUUCAUUGACGGUAAAGCCAACAGCGAUGGCUGGGACCCAUCUAGCAACGACGCAAACGCCGGUAUUGGCACAAUGGGUGCCUGCUGCGCCGAGAUGGACAUCUGGGAAGCCAACUCGAUCUCGGCCGCCUUCACGCCUCACCCGUGCACGAACUCGGACUACCACUCGUGCGAGGGCGACGCCUGCGGUGGCACCUACUCCUCGGACCGCUACGCCGGCGACUGCGACCCCGAUGGAUGCGACUUCAACAGCUACCGCCAGGGCGACACCACGUUCUACGGCAAGGGCGACACGAUCGACACCUCAAAAGUCGUUACGGUUGUGACCCAGUUCCUGACGGGCACUGACGGCAGCCUCAGCGAGAUCAAGCGCUUCUACGUCCAGGGCGGCACCGUGAUCCCCAACUCGCAGAGCACCAUCUCGGGCGUCACGGGCAACAGCAUCACCGAGGCCUACUGCGACGCACAGAAGACGGCUUUCGGCGACACCAACGUGUUCGACCAGCGCGGCGGUCUGGCGCAGAUGGGCGACGCCCUCGCUGACGACAUGGUCCUCGUCAUGAGCCUGUGGGACGACCACGCGGCCAGCAUGUUGUGGCUCGACUCUACCUACCCCACCGACAGCACCAAGGUCGGUGCCGCCCGCGGCACCUGCGCCACCACCUCCGGUGUCCCGGCUGACGUCGAGGCCAACAACGCCGGCGCGAGCGUCAUCUACUCGAACAUCAAGUUCGGGCCCAUCAACUCUACCUUCACUGCUUAG